GUCAGGAGGUUGGGGCAGCACUUUUUUCUGUGGCAUCUAGCAACAGGACAAGGGGUGAUGGGAUGAAGCUGGAACACAAACAGUUCCAUUUAAGCAUAAGGAAAAUCUAUUUCCCUGUUGAGGUGAGGGAACCCUGGUCCAGGCUGCCCAGGGAGGAUGUAGAGGCUCCCACCUUGGAGGUCUUCAAACCUUCCUGGACACGUUCCUGUGUGACCUGAUCUAGGUGGGACCUGCUUGAGCAGGGGGGAUUGGACUGGAUGAUCUCUAAAGGUCCCUUCCAACCCUCACCGUUUUGGGAUUCUCCACCUUUAUAGUUUUGUGCAUUGUGCUCCUUUGCAUCUGCUUCUGUAGACACUAUUUCAAUGAGGCAUUUUUUAGCAGCCAACCUUGUCCUUUGCAGUCAUAGCCCCUGUGCCAGGGGACUCGGCGGUGCAGGAGCAAAACAAGAAGAGGGAAAGGGCUGUGCUAAAAUGAGCAUCAGUUUUUGUGGAGCAACUCUUGGAAGCUUUCUGUUAGAAUAAAGAAAAAGAACUGUUUUUUUUUCUCACUGUUUUCAUGAUGCUCACUAUUUCUUUUUACUUGCUCUGCAUACAUAUGGCCUCACGUUUCACCAAAGGAGGUUUGGAGAUUAGGAAGAACUUUUCCACUGAGGGGAUUGUCAGGCACUGUCCCAGUCUGCCUGGGGAGGUGUCCCCCGUCUCUGGAAAGAGUGAAAAGACAUGUAGGAGAGGUGCUGAGGCACAUGGGUUAGUGGUGAGCUUGGCAGUGGCAGGGAAGUGGACUUGAUCUUAAAGGUCUUUUCCAUCUGAGAUGAUGGUUAGUCCUACAAAAAACUUAAUUGUCGUGACAGCAUGUCCCCAUGAGUCUGUAGCUUGUUUCAGCUGCAGAGACAUAAAUACAUUGUCUGAAACUAUCUUAAACACAGUUAAAAUGGCCAAAUUCCACAUGGUGGGUGGUUGGAGGAGAAGGUGCACAAAUAUCACUUGUUAGUGCAACGUGAACGGCGUCGAUGGGGUUGCCCCCAUUAGUGCAUCCGCUGUGUAAAUACAGGAGCUGUGCUGCUCCUGCUGCUUUGAGACCAGCUUGUGUGUGGCUGUGGUGUCUCUGAUGAGGAAGGGCUGAAGGAUCUGGGGCUGUUGAGCCUGGAGAAAAGAAGACUCAGGGGAGACCUCAUUCUCUGCAGCUACCUGAAAGGAAGCUGUAGCGAGGUGGGGUCAGUCUAUUCUCCCUGGUAACAAACAAUAGAUCAAGAGCAAAUGGCCUCGAGUUGCACCAGGGGAGGUUCAGGCUGCAUCUGAGGGGGAAUUUCUUUGCUGCAGGGGUUGUGAGGCAUUGGAAGAGGCUGCCCAGGGAGGUGCUGGAGUCACCGUCCCUGGAGGGGUUUCAGAGCCGGGUGGAUGUUGCACCGAGGGCAAUGGGCUGGUGGGUGAUGGGGCUGGGACAGAGGCUGCACUCCAUGAGCUUAAAGGUCUCUUCCAGCUGAAAUGAUUCUCUGAUUCUGUAUGAUCAUCACCCUAAGAACUUGCUAGAAAAGUUCAGAAGAAAAACCUGAAGAAAAGCUUUUGUAUCACUUGCAUUAGAUGCUCUUUGCAUUGCACUGAAAAGCAUCUUGGAGCAAAUGAUGGUCAGGAGUUGGUUGUAAACAUGGAUUUCACCUAAUCAGAAACUAAUAGAAAAUGCUACUUUUUUGGUUGUCUUAUGAACUGCUGCAUCUUUAUCAGAUGAAAACCUCUGCAAUGAGUAAACGUAAGUCCAAGGAGAACAGUGGGACAAGCAGAGAAUGCAUUUCACAGGUGCAAAAAAUCUUACGUGAAAGAUUCUGCCGCCACCAUGCUACUGAAAAACUCUUUGGGGUGGAACAUCAGUACAAACAUCUGCUGGAACUGCUGAAACGAACUACUGUCCAUGGAGAGAGCAACUCUGCCCUCAUUAUUGGACCCCGAGGAUCAGGAAAGACUGCGUUAUUAAACCAUGUCUUAAAAGAGCUCAUGGAAACGAAACAAGUUAGAGAGAACCUCUUGAAAGUUCAUCUGAACGGGCUUUUGCAGACUAAUGAUAAAGUGGCACUGAAGGAGAUCACCAGGCAGCUGCACCUGGAGAACGUGGUUGGGGAUAAAGUUUUUGGCAGUUUUGCUGAAAAUCUUGCCUUCCUCCUCGAAGCUUUAAGGAAAGGAGAUCGAACAAGCAGCUGCCCAGUCUUGUUUGUCCUGGAUGAGUUUGACUUGUUUGUUCAUCACAAGAAUCAGACCCUGCUCUAUAACCUCUUUGACAUAUCCCAGUCAGCACAGACCCCAGUGACGGUCAUCGGACUGACGUGUCGGCAGGACAUCCUGGAGCUCUUGGAGAAGAGAGUCAAGUCGAGGUUUUCCCACCGACAGAUCUAUCUGCUGAAUUGCUUUGAUUUUAAACAAUACAUGAAGAUAUUCAGGGAGCAGCUUUCUCUUCCUGCUGAAUUUCCUGACGAGCCUUUUGCACGAAAAUGGAAUCAUAAUGUUCAGCAUCUCUCAGAGGAUAAAGCUGUGCAAGACAUCCUGCAGAACCUUUUUCACCACACCAAAGACCUGCGCUCGCUUCACACGCUGCUGAUGCUGGCAGUCAGCACCGUCACUGUGUGCCACCCCCUCAUCACGGCCGCCGACCUGCAGGAGGCCAACAGGCAGCACCGCAUGGACUCCAAAGCAAACAUCGUCCAUGGUUUGUCUGUCCUGGAGAUCUGCCUGAUUAUAGCUAUGAAGCACCUAAACGACGUUUACGAAGGAGAACCGUUCAACUUCCAGAUGGUUUACAAUGAAUUCCAGAAGUUCAUCCAAAGGAAGGCACAUUGUCUGUACAACUUUGAAAAGCCCGUGGUCAUGAAGGCAUUUGAGCACUUGCUGCAGCUGGAGCUGGUGAAGCCGCUGGAGCGGCCGUCCGUGCGGGCUCAGAAGGAGUACGUGCUGCUGCAGCUGCUGCUGGACAAUGCUCAGAUCAUGGACGCCCUGCAGGCCUACCCCAACUGCCCCACCGACAUCAAGCAGUGGGCGGCCUCCUCGCUCAGCUGGCUCUGACCCCGGCCCCGCGGGGCAGUGGGAGGGUGCUCCAUGCCCUGGCCGUGCCCCUGCGGUGCCGCUGCCUGGGCCUCCUCCCGCACCCCGUGUCUGCUCCAGCAGCGGAGGCUCGUGGCAGUUCCCAGCCCGGAGCUGCUCGCGGCACUCGGGGCUCCCCCUGCCCGUGCUGGGCUGCGGCUGGUGCCUCCCUGCUGCAGUCCCCAGCUGAGCCUUGCAGUGUGUUUUCUUCUGUACGGGGUUUCAGGAGGGGUGGUCGAGGAGGGCUGCUGGUGCUCUCUGUCCUCAAUAAAGUUGGCUUACUCUCCCCUUAAA